UCAUUACAGCAGCAGCUCACCAAUGCAAAGUAAGCAUGAAUGCUAUAUUCCUGAUACCCCUACUUUUUGGCCUUCUAUGUGGGCAAGCAAUGUCGUUUUGUAUUCCAACUGAGUACCUGAUGCAUAUUGAAAGGAAAGAGUGUACUUAUUGCCUAACCAUCAACACUACCAUCUGUGCCGGAUAUUGUAUGACACGGGAUAUCAAUGGCAAGCUGUUUCUUCCCAAAUAUGCCCUGUCCCAGGACGUGUGUACAUAUAGAGACUUCAUAUAUAAGACUGUAGAAAUACCAGGAUGCCCACACCAUGUUACUCCUUAUUUCUCCUACCCUGUAGCUGUAAGCUGUAAGUGUGGCAAAUGUAAUACUGACUAUAGUGACUGUAUACAUGAGACCAUCAAGACAAACUACUGUACCAAACCUCAGAAGCCUUAUGUAGUAGACUUUUCUAUCUAAUUACAAAGGUGAUGUGACUUGCAAUUUGGCUAAAUGUAUCUACCUAGGAUAACAUUAAUAAAAAUAUCAAUGUAUUUCACA